GUUUUGUUUAUUGGAUAUUAAUAAACAGGAACUAAUCGGUUCUGUAGUUCUUGUUUCCCGGGGAACACAAUCUCGAACGGACACAUGCUGAAAGCAAACGACUACACGUUUCCCCACCCGUAUUCAUACAUAUCCCGCCUUCUUGUCUAUGAUUGGUUAACUCCGACACGCCUCCUCGCAGAGAUUGGCUAGUAGGACUUCAACCGCCGAACGCGCACUUCCGGGUUUAUCCGAAUACGGGUAGGUAAAGAAAACAACACCAAAAGUAAAUAUCCGUGUAAAAAUACAGUACCGGUGACCCUCUUGUACAGGACAGGAUUAUUAAACAGAGCAGCCUUUGUUUCAGAUAUUUUAAGUGUAAAAUUUUAAUUUAUUUCAGACUUAUUUCGCGAGACAGUGGAGAAAUGAAAUUACUGUUCCUAGCUUGCCUCAGUCCCAAAACUGGGAAUUGUACUACUGCCGAAAGGAUAAGAGAUCAUAUAGAGAGCGCAGGUCAUGUCUGUGUGCUUCGGGACACCAGAGACUUCAGCUCGGCUUCUGAGGUAACGCUGCUCAUGAGUCAAGAUCAAGAACCGUUUGACGCAGCGCUGGCGAUUCAUCUAUUUAAAGGAGGAAGACUCCUCUUAGAUGUUGGAGUGCCUUUCGGAGUGGUCUUCGGAGGGACGGACAUCAACGAGGACAUCAAGGACGAACACAAGCGAAGCGUCAUGGAGGAAGUUCUGCACAGAGCCAGGUUUGCUGUAGCGUUCACAGAGGAGAUGAAGCAGAAAGCUCAGGCUUACUUGGACUGUGACAUCACUAAGAUCUAUGUGCAAGCUCAAGGAAUUGAGACGAGAGUGAGCUCUGACUUCAGCUGGAGGGAUUUCUUACGCACUUCAGGAGUGUGUGUGGAUCGAGUAGAUGACCUGCACGUGUUCCUGUUAGUGUGUGGACUCAGAAAAGUGAAGGACCCUCUCUACCUGCUGAACGCUUUCUCAGAAUGGCAUACCCAGAACCCUCUGGUGAUCCUCAUCAUCAUCGGCCCAAAGAUCGACCCUGUACUUAGCUCAGAGGUUGAAGAGUGUGUGAAGAGGUCUGCUGGAGUAUUUUUAGCAGCAGAGAGGAGUCAGGAGGAACUCCACGCCGCCAUGAGGAAAUCAUUCGCCGUGGUCAACUCGUCCGUUUCUGAAGGCAUGUCCGCCGCCAUCUUAGAGGCCAUGGAUUUGAAUGCGCCAGUGUUAGCGAGGGAUAUUCCCGGGAACGCUGCGAUUGUCCAACACGAGCACAGCGGCCUGCUCUACUCGUCCCCCGAGGAGUUUGUGCUUCUGUCCAAGAGACUGCUGAGUGAUGAGGAACUGCAGGAGAACCUGAGAACCAACGGUAAACGCUACGUUAUGGAGAGACACGACUCUAUGAAAGAGAGAACGACGUACCAGCAGCUGGUGGAAAAACUGCAGUAAGGCUCAGAGCAGCUUCACUGUUUUCCAGUUUGCUCAAAUGUUCUUCUUGUGAACCUUCUCAACACCUGAUGGCUUUUAUACGGAUGAGAUCAUUUUCAACUUGAACCCAAGGGAAUAAAACAUUGCAUACAUUUAGGUUUACAGUUACAGGAGCGAUGUUUUAAUCUAUUAGUAAUAAUCACUGCUGCAACAAAAACGUUUCAUUUUUAGGAAAAAUUAUGAUAAGGAAAUUCAAAUUGAAUGGGUUUUUAUAAAUGCUUGGUUUCCUUGCAGUAGGAAAAGAUUUUCAAUUUAUGUUUACGUAACAGGAAAGUCAUCUUCGCUAAUAGUUUUGCUAUUUCAGGUGCUUUGUCUUAUAGGAACAUUUUUGACAUUCCAGAGCUCUAAAACGAGCUUAACGAGUGUCUGUACGAUGGAGGAAAACUUUUUAAAGUGAACACCAGGGUCCAUUUUAUCCUGAGCAGCUAAAAAAUACAAAGAUGAUCAAUUACAUCAUUGAGCUAAUGCAAACAAGACAUAAUUAUGCACGACUUAGUGCUAAUAUUACAUUUUCAGAGAUUUAGUGGUUAAAAUCUCUUAUAUAACAUAUCAUUUACAUAUUAAUUACCGAAUUAGUAUAUCAAGAUCGGCUAACUUAGCGCUUUAUAAUAUUAUCACAUGUAUUAAUUAUAAUAAUUGUUGCAUUUAAAUAUAUAUUUUAUUCUAUAUUUUUUCUGUCAUUUAAUACCAAACUCAAAUUUGAAAUUAGAUAUUAGAAACUAAUAAGAGGUCUGUAGACAGUACAUAUUCUCUUCUGUGCUUUGGGGGAACCCUUAACUGUAGAACCCUACAACAAAGGCAUUUUCUUCCAUCUGAAACCCUUUUAUGAACAUCUAAAACCCUUAAUUGUCCAAUGCCACUUUAAAGGACCCUUGAAGAACCCUUUUUUUAAGAGUGUAUGUAUUUACUGGGUAAAUGUGCAGCACAAACUCCAAAUUAUUGCUCAUUAUUUUCUUCUUAAUAACAAGAACCUGUCAGGAUAGUUCUCCUUUUAGAAAAAUGGUUCUUUAAGUGUUCACUGGAUAAUUAAUGGUUCUUAGCUUCAAAAAAGGAAACCUUUCUGGUAGGUAAAGACUUUUAUAGGGUUCUACCCAGAGGGACAGCCGAAGAACCAGGUCUUAGUGUCUUAGUACCUGUUAUUUAUUUCUAAUUAUGCAGUUUGAGGUUGGUAUUAAAUGACAAUAAAUAAUGAAUAAAAUAUAUCUUUAAAUGUAAUAAUUAAUGUGAUUAAUGUAAAAAGUGUUUAAUAUAAAAGAUAGGUGAUUAUGGUGAUAAGAUAAUUAGGUACUAAAUAGGAAUGAAGGAGUGUCUGAAAACUUCUGAUUUCCAUGACAACCGGUUUACAGGGCUGGUGUUUUACUGUUUUAAAUGAUGUACUGUUUACAGAAUUAUAAAUCUAUAUAAACCGUAUAGAAGGCUUUAUAGGAAUUCUGAACUACAUAAGUACUGUAGUCGAAGCUUAGUAAUCCUCAGACUGUGGGUUUGAGUUUGUUUUUAGGAAUAAUCUUUACAUACAGCAGGUUUUGAAAUGUUUCACAGUUGAUAAUGUAAAUGCUGUAAAUGCUCAAAGAAAUGUUUUUAAAAAUAUAUUUAUUCAUUAUUCUUCUGAAUGCAAUCACUUCAUGUAUGUCUUCUGAAUGUACCGCAUGAUAAAAAUAAAGAAUGUUUUAAAU